CCUGCGCGGCGGAGGAGGCGGAGUUGCAGCAGCCCAUGGCGGGGCCGGGGGAGCCCGGAGGCGGCGCCGGGCGCGCAGCUACGCCCCGGAGCCCCUCGGCAUGCGAGCCGGCGGGCGCCCAGGGAGGGCGCGGCCUGGCCCCGCACGGCUCGGCGGCGGCGGCGGCUCGGACGGCGGCGGGGACUCAGGAGGCAGCGGGGCUGGGCGCGGGCGCCGGCCACAUCCCACGGCGGCGGCGGCUGCGCGGCUCCUGCUCCGCUCCUGCUGCGGCAGCUGCUCCCCAGCGGAAAGGGGCGGGCGGCGGCGGCGGCGGCGCCUCCCCCUGUCCCCCGCCUCCCGCCUCCCGCGCCCAGUCCCUCUCCCGCUCCCUCUCCCGGGCCGCUGCCUCCUCAGCGCCGCGCGCGUCUCCCAUCAGACUCCCCGCCCCCAGUGCAGCGCCGCGCGGGCGGCCGAGCGGCGGCGGCCAAAACAAGGCCGGGCCCUUUGGCGCUCGUCGGAGCCUGCGCGGUGUCGAGCCCAUUUAGCGGUGGCACCGAGGCAGAGCGUCGGCUCCGGGCGAGAGGGCGCCCGAGGGCUGGGAAGGCUCGCGGCAGAAAUGGGGCCGGGUUGCUUCCGGGCCCGGGAGACGCGGGCCAGGCACGCGGAGUUGCUCGCUGUCCCCGCUGGGAGCGCAACUCGAAGUCCUCGACGGCCGCUUGUUAACCAGAGGAAAGCGAACACAAUAAACCUUCCCUGCAGAAGGGAGAGGCAGGAGCAGGUCUCUGUUCCAGAGGAUGGAAAUAUAUCUCAGCCUCCCAGUUAAGCCCUGAAGUUAGAAACCCCUGAAAAGAGCUGCCCUGAACUCGGGCAUAUACUCAGAGCAGAUCAAGACAACAUUGUUCCCAGCAAGACUCAGAUAUCUCAAGCACGUUUGAAGAGCUCAUAAUGCCUAAGUAAGACAGCAGCAGCAAGAUGGCAAUCAUUUCAGCUGAGACCGUAUCCUCAUAAUGCAAUAUUAGCCACUGUGAUCUUCUAUCAUUUCCUUCCUGGAGAGUUAUGGCUGUGGCAUUGAGGAUUUAAGACCUACAGCCGGAACACUACUUACUACAAAUCUCUCACAAAGCUGCUGCAAUAAAUCUCGUAGAGGAAAGUCAUUGCAUAAAAAAUCCCCAACUCCAGGGAGCUUGCCAUUUAUUUUCCUAGAAAAGAAGGGCUGUGAUGAGAGACACUCCAUGCUCCUUUAACUCCAUGGAACAGCACUCAACAAAGCAUUCAUCAUGGAAAAUUGAGUGAUGGGCCCAAUAAGACCAACUGGGAAAGGAAGAUGGAAAGAGAGGUACCCCCACCCAAGGCCUGCUCAGGGAUUUCCUCUUAGCCUGAGGAUUGGCUCUGCAUAGAACCAGCACAACUGAAGGUGUACUUCCUGAAGACUACCUUCAGAAGGCUAGUGGUCUAAACCUGGCCCAAUCAACUCCAUAGGUUUCUUUUGUCUGCACAGUAUUUAAAGUGUUUUUAUUUAGAUCCCAACAUUUAAAAAUGGAAAAUUUCACAAAAGAAGAUUAAAUCCAGAAUGCUGGUGUCACUAAACAAAUUAGAAUAUCUGACAACAGUGGGUGGGAUUCCUGCAUCCUUCCCUCUUUAGACAGUGUGCACGCUCCAGUGUGCCGCACUGCUUCCCCUUCUACCGUACCUGCCCUUUAGGCAAUGGAGUUUGCAACCCCUAUACUAAUCCAUCACCCUGGGGUCCAUUCUCUCACUCUUUACUCCCACUGUUCUUGUAUCAGAGGUGAACUUAUUGAAUAGAAAACAC